AUGGGGAGCGACAAGGGUUCGGCUCGCCCAUUCUCACGCCCCACCCUCGGACCUUGCUGGAAGAAAGUUUCGCCCGGCCGCCAAGGGAUGCGAGCGAACAUGGCCUCGCCGAGGUGGCUCUGGUGUGCGUGUGCGACCGCGGCGGUGGCACUGCUGCUCAUCUCCAGGCUUCCCUCGGCCUCUGCCCAAAGAAAGAAGGAGAUGGUGUUAUCUGAGAAGGUUAGUCAGCUGAUGGAAUGGACCAAUAAAAGACCUGUAAUAAGAAUGAAUGGAGACAAGUUCCGUCGCCUUGUUAAAGCGCCACCAAGAAAUUACUCUGUUAUUGUGAUGUUCACUGCUCUCCAACUUCACAGACAGUGUGUCGUUUGCAAGCAAGCUGAUGAAGAAUUCCAGAUUCUGGCAAACUCUUGGCGGUACUCCAGUGCAUUUACCAACAGAAUAUUUUUUGCCAUGGUGGAUUUUGAUGAAGGUUCUGAUGUAUUUCAAAUGCUAAACAUGAAUUCCACUCCAACUUUCAUCAACUUUCCACCAAAAGGAAAACCCAAAAGGGCUGAUACAUACGAGUUACAGGUGCGAGGGUUUUCAGCUGAACAGAUUGCUCGCUGGAUCGCAGACAGAACUGAUGUCAAUAUUAGAGUAAUUAGACCUCCAAAUUAUGCUGGACCCCUAAUGUUGGGAUUGCUUCUGGCUGUUAUUGGUGGACUUGUGUAUCUGCGAAGAAGCAAUAUGGAAUUCCUCUUUAAUAAAACUGGAUGGGCUUUUGCAGCUUUGUGUUUUGUACUUGCUAUGACAUCUGGUCAGAUGUGGAACCAUAUAAGAGGACCACCAUAUGCUCAUAAGAAUCCCCAUACAGGACAUGUGAACUAUAUCCAUGGAAGCAGCCAGGCCCAGUUUGUAGCUGAAACCCACAUUGUUCUUCUGUUCAAUGGCGGGGUUACCUUAGGCAUGGUGCUUUUAUGUGAAGCUGCUACCUCCGACAUGGAUAUUGGGAAGCGAAGGAUGAUGUGUGUAGCUGGAAUCGGACUUGUUGUGCUAUUCUUCAGUUGGAUGCUCUCUAUCUUUCGAUCAAAAUACCAUGGUUAUCCAUACAGCUUUCUGAUGAGUUAAAGAGGAUUCUAGAGACACAUAGAC